AUGACAUUUCGCUGGCUCUUUAUACGUGAAUUUCAAAACUUACUGAGCUUCAGAUUGUUUUAUUCUGAUAUUUAUUGUGAUUCGAGUGUUUUAGAGCUUGUCAGUAAAUUUGUUUGUAAUAAAUCUCGCAUUUGGUUGAAGUUCCUAAUAUGCAACUGCUGCGUAGAUAAUUUGAUCGGUUCGCAUUAUCUACACUUUAUUCUCCUAACUAUUUUAACAUAUUUCGAUUUGAUACAAGAUGGAUGGAUUGACAUCUCUCGCGAAAUUUACAGAUUAAUUUUAUCUUGGAAUAAUUCCAUGGUCAGUGUGGAAAUACUUUAA